GUGCUUUCCAUCCAUGUUACUAUGAGUGACGCAGAGUACGAAGUCGAGUCUGUGUCAAAGGCGCGCGUGGAUGCGAAGCGGGGCAAAAAAAUUAUAUGGAAAUAUUAUGUCAAAUGGAAAGGAUAUAGCUGGGAUGAUAGCACUUGGGAACCCGAAAAAUCUUUUACAGCUGGCUCAAAGCAUUUCCUCAAGACGUUCUGGACGCACGCUUUGACCCGCGGUAGAGAGCAUACGAACCCACAGCUUUUUGAGAAAGGAGAGGAGGUUCAUGUUUCGGGCUUUCCUGGGGCGAGUCCGCGUCUUGAAAAUAGAUCCAAUCGGGACAACCUACAAGGACCGUCUGAGACAUUCGAAAAUGAUGCCUCCGAUGAUGAACCCUUGACCACGAAGAAGCGGCGCAGACGUACAAAACCUGCGGGAGAGCCAAAGGCAAAGCGGAAGCGCGAGUCAGAACCUGGCACUGCUGGCAAUGCCCCCGCUCAACGAACGAGGGCAUUUGGGCCCAAAAGCAAGGCCAAGUUAUCACCGCCAGCGAAACAAAGGCGUGCUUCAUCACCAGGCCACCGUAAAGUUGAGGGCACGCGCCAGUUUUCCCUAACUAAACUGACCGAUACGGACGCUGAAGGGGAGCUCGACAUGGAUGUCUUUGGAGAAGCGGAAGUGGAAGAAGAGCUGAUGCAGAUGAGCCCUGAUGACCCUGAUGCUCGGGAUAUCCCCAACUCCCAUUCUGAUCCUGUCAAAGUCAAUGGGACGAUCGUGGAGUUCGAGGACCUUCCAAGCUACUCUCCGGAUAUCCAGGACACCAUCGAAGUCAGUCAAGUAAUAGCUGAAGAUGGACUUCUUUCGGUCGACGAGGGACGUAGCUCACCUGACCCCCUUUUUGAUUCUAUUUCGCAAUCAGGGAACGACGAAGGAUCUCGUUCUCCCGCUGAGCCAGCGGUACCUUUUCACCGUGCUCGAGCGGCUAAUCCUUUGGUCAAGUUCAUCGAUACUGCUCCGCUGAUGGAUAAGGCUUCGGGGGUUGUCAACCCCGCAAAGACACGCUUGAUUUCUGGCCAGCCUUCGAGCUCAUCUCGGGAUAGCGGUAGUAACGCAUCCCAAAAGGCACGACCAAAACCUGGUCCUGGUGGACGUACCUCGGCUUCCCGGGGCAAAAAUCGAAGCUCUUUGUUGACAGCUGUGAAGGGUGGCCUAACCAGCGUGAAGGGUCGCUUCGGGCCGGCAAAGGAUGUAAGGGAAGAACCAGAACCAAUUGAAGAUGCGCCAGCGCCGUCUCAUCUUACAGAGCACGAAUUUGCCAUUACAUCCUGGAGUGAUGAAGAUGCAGCGGGCGAGACAGAUCACGAGCAUCUAGCAACGGCACCCUUAACUGACCAGAUGGCGCCUGCGUCCAAUCAUGCACCUGCCCCUAUCCCAGUUCCCUCCGGUCAGGAAUUGUUAGAGAUAGCAGGUUUGAAGUCGGAUGCAGCCGCGCUGCCUGACUUCGAAGAUGAAGCGAAUGUCGAACGGCCGCCUCAACUCACGAAUGCCACCUCGGUAGACACUCUCGCUGAUGACGUUCCUACCGAAGAUGCAGCCUCCCCGGCUACCAUGACCGUGGAAGAUGAAGCGGCACGAAAAAGUCUUGCAGAAGCUAAAGAGCAGCUGUUCCCCUCUGUACAGGCCACGGCUUCGGUGACGUCCAUUUCAAGCUCAUCAUGGAAGACGUCAAAAGACAACACUAUCUUUGGACCAAUGUAUAAGCUACAGGAACCAGCUCAAGGACCUAAAGUCAACGAAUCUAUUCCCACAUUCAAGCUCAUUCUGAAUGCGAAUGUGCCCGUUCCACUCGUGUUGAAAGAUUCAAACAACAUGAAAGGAGUUUCAUUUACGGAUAUAUACGCUGACAAGUCGCUCGACGGUCGAGCGGGGACGUUCUAUCUGUUAGAAGAUGCGGUCAAAAUCGUCAGCACUUUCUCAGGCCUCGGCAGCGCUAGGGUUGUACCUGCCUCCUCCGCGGACGAUGGCCACAGGACGCAAUUUGACGUAUUUCAACAACGUCUGCAUUCAGGCCAGAUGUUUGUUACCAAGGCUGGGAAAGAGUUGCUCGUCUUUUUUAGCUCGCAGAAUGCCGAGAUCUCAGCGAAGCUUAAUCCGCCACAAGUACUGAUCGGUCUUGCAAACACAGUGCUCCUCAUGCGCGUCCAGAUCACUGACAGUACUGGAUAUGCGAAUGCUGUCAUGCAAAUCACCGCAAUGUAAUUUCUACUAAUCACGAUUUCCAAUCUACACAAUUGUUUUUGACAUACUUUACGUAGUUACUUGACCAGUGGCUACGACCAUUUUCAUAUAUGUAUUGCAGUUUGCACGUUACACUUAGUGAAAAGUCAUCAGCGCCGAAGAGUUCCAGCAGAAUCUGAACGCUCAGUGCUGGAAUCGGCUCGCAAUGGCACAUUUGAUGAAGGAC